GUAGUAUAACAAAUAGCUUUCAAAUCAAGACUUUUGAAAAUACAACUCACUCAUGCCCAGGAACAUUCACGAAUAGUCAGGCUGAUAGAAAGUGGGUUAUUGAGAAGUUGGAAUUGAGAUUGAGACAACAGCCGUCUCUUAGCCAUAGUGAGGCUUAUUACUUUAUGAAAGAGGAUUAUAAUCUACAUUUGGAGGAUAGUAUGAUUUAUAGAUCACUUAAACAAGCAAAACAAAAUGUCGAGGGAUCUGAAAUUGAUCAGUAUGCUAAGCUAUGGGACUAUUGCCAUGAGUUAUUAUCCCAGAAUCCAGGUUCGACGGUGAAAAUGAGCACUAUACCACAACAAGAAGGGCCGCCAAUAUUUCACCGAUUGUAUAUAUGUUUUGAUGCUUGUAAAAGAGGGUUCAAGGAAGGCUGCAGACCUAUGAUUGGAUUGGAUGGUUGUUUUUUAAAGGGUUAUUUUGGAGGACAAUUGUUGACUGCUGUCGGCGGAGAUGCAAACAACCACAUUUUUGUCAUUGCAUAUGCCGUAGUUGAUGUCGAAAAUAAAGACAACUGGAAAUGGUUUUUGGAAUUAUUGCAUGAAGAUUUGGGUGAUUACACUCGACAUGGUUGGCAGUUUGUAUCAGAUAUGCAAAAGGGACUAAUUCCAGCUCUUCAAGAGGUUAUGCCUGGAGUAGAACACAGGUUUUGUGUGUGGCAUUUGUGGAAGAAUUUUUGUAAGAUGUUCAAGGAUAAACAACUGAAGGAUGUUGUUUGGGUUUGUGCAAAAAGUACUACACCGCAACAAUUUAACACCGAGAUGGAUAAAUUGAAGGCGAUGAACAAAAGUGCAUGGGAUUAUCUCUCUAAGUUUCCGCCUAAUACAUGGAGUAGAGACUAUUUGUUUUAG